GCCGAAGCCCAUUUGCUCUGCGGGCUUGGCAGGCGCCGGAGCGCAGCGCGCGAGCCCGUUGGCCCUCUUUCCCCCUCCCCGCGCCUGGCCUCGCUCGCUUCCAGCCUCCCCUCGACGCCGCCGCCGCCAUGUCGCCGGUGCGGGCGGUGCUGGCGCUGCUGGCCGCGCUCUCGGCCCCGGCGGCCGGCUACUUCGUCAGCAUCGACGCGCACGCCGAGGAGUGUUUCCUGGAGCGGGUCCCGUCCGGCACCAAGAUGGGCCUCAUCUUCGAAGUGGCCGAGGGAGGCUUCCUCGACAUCGACGUGGAGGCGAGUCUGGGCGGGGGGGUCGUGCAGGGCGCGGCGAAGAGGAGCCUGUGGCGCCCCCUCCCCCCCGGGGGGGCCUGGCUCGGUUUGUGCCGGGGCUUAGCCUCGCUGGCAUUCUCUCCCGCCCCGCACGCAUUAGCACGAGGGGGUUACGCUAGAGGAGGCGCAAGCGCCACAUAAUACUCGUUCCGCAUUCGUAAUUACCUGGCAGCACCAGCACUUGGGAACUCCCUGCCUAUUGAGAUCAAGCAGGCAACCUCACUGUACUCUUUUGGGCGCCUGCUAAGAUCAUUUCUGUUUAGGCAACAUUUAGGGGUUAUGAAAAUGGUAGUGUGAAGGUAUUGCAGUGGGGUACAGGUUCCUCUUGCCUGCUGUUAGAAGAGGACCUGUACAGGGAGGUAAGUUGCAGUCGGCUGCCCUGGGCGGUGUGAGCCAUGAGAAGGUGAAGAAAAGGGCUUAUGAAAGCCCCCUUCGUGGGGGUUGGAAGGGCCUGGCCUUGGCUUGUGUCAGGGUUUACUCUUGCUGGCGUACGUAGGGAGCAGCAGCCCCUAAAUGAUGCUCUCCACAUGAUCUGUACUAUAGCUCCCUGUCUUCCCAAACAUUGGCUGUGCUGGCUGAGGCUGACAGGAGUUUUAGUUCGAAACGUCUAGAGGUCAACAGGUUGGGGAAAGUUGAUAGAGAGUAUAUUUAUGUGUCCUUUAAUCACGUGCAGACUGCACAGGGAAUUCCUCUCACCAGAAGAGUGUUGAUGGCUUUGGAGCAGAGGAUUGUCAGUCCUUGAAUAUGUAAAGUGAAUAUGUAAAGUGCAGCAUAUGCUAAAAGAGAAGGCCUGCAGGUUCAGGCCAAAGGGGGCACCAACCCACCGCCUCAUCUCAACCCCCCCCCCCCAUCAACAGGGUAUUUUUGGAAAGCCCAGCAGAAAGAGCACCCAGAGAGAGAGAGAGAGAAUCAGAAUUGUAGAGUUGGAAGAGACCCUUAGGGUCAUCUAGUUCAACCCCCACGGGGUGUGCACAGCUAGGGAAGGACUGUUUUAGAUCAGAGGGUAUAAGUCUGAGAUAGCCUUGAGCCUUAAGUGUGCCUGUUUCUGUGUAUCUUUUCUCUCUCACACUCCAGGGUUUAAACAUCAAAUGUGGAGGUUGGCUCUGUUGAAUGGUGGGAGGGGGUAGUGGACAGCUUGGAAAGGGAGGGCCUGGGUGUCUUUCUCUUAAUGUUAUUGUUUUGUUUAUUAUACUCUUGAAGUGCUUUUCCAACUUAGAAUUGGACACAGAAAAUGUAAAAGGCUGAAAAUCCAGAGUUGAAUCCCUGUAGUCAUAGAGGCUUGAUGGAAAUCAGCAAAAUGCCUUGCUGUAUUUGGAAUGGGAGGGGUUUUCAGCUAGAGGGAGAGACUGAGGAAGAACAAGGGAGGAUUUUAGAGUACUGUGUGAAUGAAGUUAAGAACGGACCUCCGGAACGAAUUAAGUUCUUAACCCAAGGUACCACUGUACUGUGCAGUGGUACCUGGAUUAAGUACUUAAUUCGUUCCGGAGGUCUGUUCUUAACCUGAAACUGUUCUUAACCUGAAGCACGAUUUCUCCUUUUCAUCCUGAAGCAAAGUUCUUAACCCGAGGUACUAUUUCUGGGUUAGUGGAGUCUGUAACCUGAAGCGUAUGUAACCCAAGGUACCACUGUAUUCCAUCAGGUUAAAUUACACAAUGCUCCCCGACUUUUGUUCGUGCCGGUGUAGUUGCAGAAAGCAGCUCAGACAGGCACUCUGGCCCUCAGAUGCCUUGUUUUUGAAACCCUCCCCAUCAUUCUAAACACAGUUUGCUCCCCCCCCCUUUGCAUUCUUAAAAAAAUUCCACAUUGGUGGAGAAAUAGGUGCACUGAUAAACUCGUGUAGCUGUGUGAAUCAGUAGAAUGGACAAGGUUGCUGCAGUUGGGGUUUUCAUGUUUGCAAGCUUCCCUAUCUUAGUUUAGUUUAGUUUAAAGGAAAUUAGCACAGUAGUGAGUAGGUUGGGCUAAAGGUUUAAUUCCUGUUGUGUUAGUUUUAAUUUGCUGGGAGGUGUUUUUUUUAAUAAAAAGAUUUAUUGUUUUCAUUUAUAAAACAAAAAUGAACCCUCACCCCCCUGCUGCCCCGAGUACAGUUUAUGAUAAGCAAAACAAUAGAGGAGGGAGUGUGCGUAUUUUAAUGUGGAGGAACAUUUUAAAAUGGCAUCACUCACCCACAGCCAGAAGUGGCAUAGUUUGUUCUCCCUCCUUUUUCUUCUGCUACAUGAGUAGAUAAGAUCUGUUGCUCAUGUGGUGAAGCAAGCUCAGAGUCGGAGGAUAGAGGGAACAUGAUGCAAUGCCCUGGGUAAGAAAGGCCUGGAGAGAAAUGCUUCUCUGGUGCCUACUGCAGGGUGCUUCAUCAAGCACAGGUAAGAUCCUUGUGUUCAGUGCUACAGGUUGCACAACAACUGCACAUGAGAUGUAGAGCAAAUAAAUAAAAAUUAAACAUUGGUUGGAAGUUAAAAUUGAUGUCAGCUGAGGCAGCAACAAAUGCUCGAUUUGCCCUUGUGGUUUGUCACUUCAUUUGUACGAUAUGUCAGCCAAUUACUCCCCAAGGCUUAUGUAAUUUAUUGAUGGGAAUGAUGCAUAAGGUGGUAAAAAGUAAAGAUUUUCCUUCUUGUUUCCAGAUAAUGGGGCCUGAUAACAAAGUCAUCUACAAAGGAGACAGAGAGUCCAAUGGGAAAUACACCUUUGCUGCUCACAUGGAUGGAACAUACAAGUUUUGCUUCAGCAACAAAAUGUCCACCAUGACUCCAAAGAUAGUGAUGUUCACUAUUGACAUUGGUGAAGCUCCAAAGGGGCAAGAUAUGGAGACAGAAGGUGAGGGCGAAUCCCGGAAACAAAAUGGCACCUUUCACCCAUGUUCUUCUACUAUAUGUUAUUGUCCUUCCCCUGCGUCUCUGUUUUCCAGAUAUUGUUCUAUGGGCUUCAGAAUUCCAAACACAUUCUCUCCUGGAUUUAAAUGCUUCAUAAAAUAACUUAUUAGCUCUUUUUGCUAUGUGAUGGACAUGGAUCAAGGAAAUAUAAGGGAUAUUUAAUUAAAUGAUCUCUUUCCGCCCCAUCAAUUUGAAAAAGAAAUACGGGUAAUCUUGUGGCUUGAAGUCCCUAAAAGGGGAUGUCUUAGAAUUGUACAUAAUUCUUCAGCUUUCUGCAGAGCAGCGCUCUAAAGACUGGUUGGUGCCAGAACAUUUGAGUCAGGUAGCUAGUAGUUUUUCUCCCACCUCUCACUGUGGUUUCUUUAUACCUCUGUCCCUGUGACAUUUGCAGCCUUACCCUCAUCCCUCAUUUCGCCCAUCAUGUGUUUUGAUGUAUUUACCUUUGCUUACUAGACUUGCUCAGCAUCUUCCUGUAUAUUUGUUCAUUUCUCAUGCUUUUUUUUAGGUGGUGGAGAUAACUGGGAUGGUAUGUGCAAUGCUUUUAAGAAGCUUGCCAGUUCUCCUGCCUCGCUUCUCAUAAUUUGCUACAUAAUCUGCUAAUGCCUUUUGGGGCUACUCUUUGUGUGACUUCCUGCUAAUAUGCAAUGAUUACCACAACGGUAUUGCACUCAGGUCUGAGUGUGAACAGUUCCUGCCACUUUGAAGUCCUUCAACCAUUAAGAUCCAAUUUGCUACUGUAGGCUUUUUUCUCCUUCCUAUCCCCAUUCCCUAUCUGAACAGCAGUCUUCUCUAAUACCAAAUCUGGAACUGCUUUUAAAACUGGUUUAUCAUUCAGUUGUGGAGGAUUCUGUUUGAGAAAUGCAAGUAUAAACACUCAGACCAAGUUGCAUGGUUUGGAUCAUGACCGUGGUUCUCAGCUGUGAGGUAGGCUGGCCCAAGGAGGUGUGGCUAAUUGUCAGGAAAGGUGCACACUCCUAUACUUUUUCUCUCUUCUGCCCUCACAUCCUGUUAUUUUGUAUGUCUCUUGAGGAGGCCAUUGACCCUUCACCCCAGCUUUAAAAAUUCAUAGUUUCCUCCUUGUCCUUCAUGCCAUUACUGGCCUUCUGCUGCCAGUGUUGAGGACAAAAACUGCAAGGAUGGAUAUUGGCUGGGCCUCUCAUCGUCGUAAGUAUCCAUCACCCAGAUCAAGCCGGAUGUUGGACUAAAUGACCUAAAGACCCCUUCCAGUUUUCGGGUCCUUUUGUUCUGUCCCAGCUAUUACUACCAGUAUCCUGAGUAUCCACACACAAAACUCUUGACAGAUUGAAAUCAUUUUGAGAGGGAGAUCGUUGUCUGAAGACCACCACUUAACACGCAUGUGUGGGUGUUGGCAUGUUUAAAAGUGUGCAUAAGAGUGGUCUUACUAAUAGGGCACCCAUAUUGCAUUACUUGUGUGAUUUGCCUUGGACCUGAAGGUCUUGAUGUAAAGUUUGAGGAUUUCCUUUGUAUUUCCCAUUGUUCUUCUCUCACUUUAUACCAGUUUAUCUCUCUAGAAAGAAUUCUGCCUUUUUGUGCUAACUAAACACCAUGAAGGCAAAGUAAUUCGUGCCAGUAUUUCUCAAAGUGGGUCAACUAAGCUGCUGGGUGUGAGAAGAGUGUGUUUCUGUGUGAGUGAGAGGGAGGGAAGGUCUCUCUGUAAAAGUUUUUCACUCCCUAACAGAGAUUCUGUUUGAAUGGGAUUCUACAAAACUACAAAGUCACCAGGUACUGUAUUUCUGUUCAAGGUUGUUGGCUUGCUCAUUGAAAUCUCUGCACCUGUCCUAUUCUCAAUCCCAGCAUUAAGCUUCUGUGAAAUACCGUAGUUUUGUAAGUUUGCUUUCCAGGCAUAGUUUGCAUGAGACCCCCACCUUGCUGAAGCUAAGGAGAUCUGGGUCUGGUCAGUGGCAGGAUGGGAGGUUGCUUGGGAACCCCAUAUGUGAGUUGCCUUGACUUCUCUUGUUGGGAAAAGAGCAGGAUAUAAAUGUAGUAGGUUUCAAGUAGAAACUGCUUUUCAUUCCCUUGUCAUACUUUAUCAGGCAAUGCCUGCUUGGUAAAUGGUUCUUUCAAUGAUCAAAUAAAUGAUUAGGUCCUUGAAUCGAGGUGCCUCUUCUGCAGUUUGCCAGGAGGGGUGGUGGUCACAUAACGUUGCCUCAGCUCCCUGGCCAUAAAGGGACCCAGCCGUAGAUGAAGGGAAUUGCUUUAAGGGUGAGAUUAGGUGAGAGGAGGCCACAACGGGUCCCAAGCAGCUGUCAGGUAUCAGAGAUAACAGGUGCUGCUGGAGCAGUGGUGAUACAGCAGAGCCGCUCUUCAAAGGGACAUGCUGCUGAGCAAGAACCCUUUCUGCAUUUUUUGGGGGGGGUACGGGGGUUACUGGGAAUAGACUCCCUAUGCGCGCGCGCACACACACACACACCCUAGGUUUUGAAUCAGCACACAGAAAUAUAGAAGACCAGCUUUCUGAUAAGUUCUCUGGAGUAGAAGAGAGUAGACUACAAAUAUGUUUUGAAUUUAUAUGCUGCUAAGAGCAUUGCAUCAAAUGGAAAACACAUGACUUAAAUAAAACCCGUUAGUAAAACAAAAAUCAUCACCCUAAAAACACAGCAAUUAAAAGGGCAAUCCUAACCAUGUCUAUUCAGAAGUAAGUCCUAUUGAAUUUAAUGGGUCUUCUUAUACCUAGGAUUGCAGCCUGACAGCCAGUUCAGUAGAAUAGUGGAAGGGGACUUUUACCCCCUCCAAGCCCCAGAGAAUAAGAGAUUAGGAAGAAAAGACUAAGCAGUAAAUCCCACAGAAAUCUGGAGUGGAGUCCCUAAGAUGGUUGGAUGGCACCUUGUACGCCUCUUUAUGGCAGCUCCUGCAGCCAAGCUGGCGCCAAACAUCUUGUUCUGCUUUCCUUUGGACCACAUCAGCAAGGCCGAGAGAGGGUCUUGUAAUCUGGGCAGCCCAGGUCCUCCAUGUAUACCACGCAGGCUUCUGCCCUGGAGAAGUCACUUCAGUGCUGCUAACGCAACAGUUUGCCUUCACCCCUGAAGGUGUACUCCAUUGUCUCUUGAGAGAGAGAGACAGAUGCCAACCACAGAAUACGUUAGUGCAGUCAUAUGUGACUUAUGGAACAGAACUCUGUAUGUAUAACAAAGUUAUUUACCUUGGUUAUUUAAAGCAUCUUAAUUGUAAUGCUAUGAAAGCAGUACUUGUUCAUCUAACUUGCCCGAGAUAACUGGAUGUUGGAAUGAAUACCCAGGUAAAGGGAAUUUUUGUGCCUGGUUAAAAAACAUCAACCCUUCCCCAAGAUGUGCAGUUGUUGGCUGUGAAGACUUCAGCCUUAUAUGCCACUGUUGCUGGGUUUUGUUGCUUACAUCACAAAUCUGAUGUCUUGUGAUCCAUCUGCAGCUCAUCAGAACAAGCUAGAAGAGAUGAUUAAUGAAUUAGCGGUGGCCAUGACCGCUGUCAAGCAUGAACAGGAAUACAUGGAAGUCCGUGAAAGGAUACACCGAGCAAGUAAGUGGUUUUGGUUGGCAUGUGCAGGUUUCCUGCAUUGCCAUCCAGCAAAGCCUUCCAUUCCUUGUGGCAUGGGAAUUUAGUGGGCUAGUGGGAGGGUAGCAGAUUGCUGCCUCUCCUUUGUCAGUCUGCACUUGGUAGAAAGCUGCUUUCUAGAAAAUGAUCCAAGGGGCUUUAGCAGCCUGUGCUUCUAUGCAUGUCCUGAAGGAGACGGCUUCCCCUCCACAUCCACAAUAGAACUGCAGGCUAUAAGAGUUACUAUCAUCAUCAUCAUCAUCAAACCUUUUAUUGGCAUCACAUCCAAACAUCCAAAGCAAAUCAAUACAGAAUUACCACUUCCCCAGUGGCACAAAACAUUUGCUAAAAGAAAGGAGGCAGAGCAGUCUGUCGUCACAUCUCUAGGUCUCCAGGGAGAUCAGGGGUCUGCAGUGUAUUUCGACGACAAAAAACCAAAUAGAUAUUUAGCCACUAACUUGGUGAGCUCCUGAUCAUUCCCCAGUAAUAGAAAAUGUAUGACCUCCAACUCUGGUUUCCAUUUGGGGAUGCAGAGUUGAUCUAGAAAUUGCUGAUGGAGAUCAGCAUAUAGUUUACAAUUAAGAACCGUAUAUGUAAGGGUUUCCACCAGGUGGUCUUCACAUGGGCAAGUUCUUUCUCCUUCCACCCUGCCUGAGAACCUUCCCCAAAUAAGAGCUACUAGCUUCCUAUCUACACAGCUGAUUUAUAUGGUGCAUCAAACUGCUUCAUGCUCAUUAUCACUUAAUAAGCCCCAACUUGAAUACAUUUGGGAAGGCCAAGAAAGUGACUUGUCUCCCUGCUCCCCACCACAAAAAUCAGAAAUCGGGAGAAUCAAAACUGUAUUUAAAGGAACACUAAAGACUUGAGUUCUUUGGCAGACUUUUAACAACUCCUGCAAUGUGGCAGAGACUUUGGAUACUUUGGAGGAUUUUAAUGUGGAGAAAUUAUCAUAUGCAGUUGGACUUAGAUAUACUAAGGACCCACAGAGAGGAGGAGGGAAGUCCUAAAAUUCAGAAGACUCUUGUUUAAUUUAUUAAUAUUAAUGUGUUAAGUUUGAGAUUUAUUUUGUAAAACUAAUAAAAAUCAUUUUUAAAAGUUCAUGGCAGAGAGACAUUUAAAUCAAUUAAAUUUAUUAAUUGUACCUUAGUAGUCUCUUAGACACUGCUUGCCACUAACUUUCUUCAUUCUGCUUCUUAAAUGCUGGCAUGUUUUUAGAAAAGAGAAAACUUGAAACCUUUUUUGAGAAUCCUGUAAAACAAAUUGCAUAAAACAUGGUUGUACUCCCAGGGCACAUUUGGGUGUUAUUACUUCCUUUGCAUCAAUAAUUAUUUCCCCCUGUUUUGCAUCACUUAACACUGUUUUUCCAGUGUAAGGGCGAGUAUCAUUCUCAAAGCAGCACUGUAGAAAAUGACAACGUAUUUACCAAGAACUCUGCAGUCAAAAUAAAGUAGCCAGCCAUAUUGGAGAAGGAGCUGGCACCUGAUGUUGCAACACUAAUCAAUAGAAGCAAAGACCCAUAAUUUUCAUGAUUUCAUAUGUGUUUAUUAGCAUCUUGUAGAAAGGCAAGGAAGUUUGGGCCACUCCUAUCUCUUGGAAUGUUCCAUGGCCUGGGUGCCCAGAAGGCCUAACCUUCUGUACCUGCCCGCUGUACCUCAGCUGGCAGGUUGGAAACACAGAACAAGGUUUCAGCUGAUGAUCCGCUCAUGCAGGGUGGGUUUGUAUGGGAGGAGGUGAUGCUUUGUUUCCCUAGGCUUCCAGUGUGUUUAGCUUCUUUUCAUUCCUGUAUAUUAAUCAAAUGUGUUUUCUCCUCCUUUUUUUCACUAGUUAACGACAACACAAAUAGCAGAGUGGUCCUCUGGUCAUUCUUUGAAGCUCUUGUACUAGUUGCCAUGACACUGGGACAAAUCUACUAUCUGAAGAGGUUUUUUGAAGUCCGGAGAGUUGUUUAAUCAAACUUUCCCCCCUUGGCCUCUCUCUCCAGUGAUCCCAGAUUCUCCAUUCACUUCUACAAAACAACUUGGUCACAAAAUUCACUGAGUUUUCUUUAUCCCUAUGUUCUGAACUAUAAAACUUGUGUUUUCAGUUUUCUUCUUAGCUUAAUUUUAUAUAUCUAUGUAUCUAUAGAUACCCUCUCUAGGGAAACAUGAGCUGAGAGUUGUACAUUGAAAUUGGUAAACUUUGUUUCUCACAAGCCAAAGUGAGUUCAACGAAAUUGCAAAAGUUUGUUUUUAAACCAGCGCUAUUGAUCAAGUGAAAAUUUUCCUUGAUUGUUUUCUGUCUCCCUUUUUUUGGUAAUAGAAUACAGUUUUUGUGUAAGGGAAAUGGCACAAGGUCCUUAAACACCUUUUAAAUGCCUGUGGGGGAGACACUUUUUAAUUUGAUCAGAGGAUUUCCUCUCCGCUUUACCCAGGAGUGGAAUUGUGGCAUGCGGACAAGCCUGGCAGUACUGUCAAGAAAGCAUGCCAAGAAAGAAAUGGGCAUGUUGGUGUUCAAACAUACUGAAACCAGCGGAUUGCUCUACUAGGGGGUCUUUAGGUGGCUUCUGUAAGUCUCCUGUACUCCUUCUGUAAUCACACUGGUUUGGUCCUGAGGUUCUUAAUUAAAGAUGUGAAAAUACAACACAGUUCUUGCCAGUUAACCAUGUGUUCUUGUGUGCAAAUUUAUGAACAGGCAGCCAUUUAGGGGGGGACUUAGCUACAUCUUUUCCUUUUUUGCUUACAAUCCAAAGCUGCUCCUGUGUUUGGCACUCUUGUAGAACUAGUAUUCAGGAUGUUGGUUCCUGAUGCCAAAGGGUUUUAACAGUGGUGAUGGGCGGGCUGGGAGGCGGUGGAAGGGAGGUUAUUACCGUGCUACACAUCCGAUACAUGAAAGAAGAAGCAGCUAUGCUGCUGUGUGGUCACAACACCACUAGGAUUGCAACCCCCUUUCCUAUAAUGAAGACUCCUGUGCCUUUUAUGUAGCGGGGAGAAAUGAAACGGGUGCUGUUUCCCUGCUGCAAGUGCAUCUUCCCAAGAGGAUUUUUGCGCAUUUAAUAGCAGCACAUAGAAAUUUAGCAGAUGCAGCUCCUGUUACUGCAGCUCCAUGAUAAAGUGUACCUGUUGAGGUUUUCCUUUUUUGCACUGCUGUUAAAGGAACAGGAGCCUCACUCAGGAAAGGAGUUGGCACUCCCAAUUAGGCUGUAUUGAAAUAAUUGUGUUCAUUUUCCUCUCUUUUAAACACACAUCAACUUCAGUUUUUGUACCAGCUAUUUUUCUUCUUGCUGUCUGGAUGAUGGGUUUAAAAAUCACCACGUCUGUCUCUGGGAGCGGGGUGCUGAUCCAAGAUUAUGUUGUGGCUGAUGUAUAUUGAACUGAUGUAUAUUGGUUGUAAUUUUGGGGGUGGGUGGGGUUGGGUUCUUUUCAAGAGUGGGGGAAGCAUUCUAUCGGUAAUGCAUAAGAGUUUUGUACCAAAUUUAAUUUAAUUAAAAUUUGUUACAAGUUUUCAUGGUUCAAGUAAAUCUUUUCAGCCUCAGCUAGACACUUAGCAGCUGUCCUUCAAAGGGGUGGCUCUCCCCCCCCCCCCAGCGCAGCUGUUGUAUGCCAACCCUUGUGUGAGACAAGUUGAAUUCUAAUGAGAAGAUGUACAUUUAAAAGUUCUUGAUAUAUGGCCAGAUUCGAUAAAUAAAACACCUUCUUUAAAAAAACAAA